CAGGCGGGCAGGCACAAAUCAUUUCGGCAGCUGCGUCCGCCUUGGCAUGGUGGUAGGACUUGUGGUAGAGUACCACCGCGUUGCGUCCCGACAACCAAAAGGGGCAGACGGGGGAGAGGAGCUAGAGUAGAGAGAGGAGAGGAAAGGGGAAGGCCAUAGCAGCCGGGAGCCGGGAGAGACGCUUGCCAUACAGAGGGAAGCGAAUCUUGCAGGGGGAGAAUCCGGGGAUUUCUGUGGCGGAGGAGGAGGUGCGUCAAAAGAUCCACAGCUUCUGUGAUUUGAUGCACAGCUGACUUGGCGUCUCUUGGCUUGCGGAAGAGAUGGCUUCAGUAGGCAUAGUUCCGUCCGGGCAGAAGAACAGUAGCAGUACCAGCAUGGGUGUGGAGAAGUUACCCGAUCAAAUGAAUGAUUUGAAGAUAAGAGAUGAUAAGGAAGUGGAAGCGACUAUUAUUAAUGGCAAGGGGACAGAAACUGGUCACAUUAUUGUCACAACUACUGGUGGCAGAAAUGGUCAACCGAAACAGACUGUGAGCUACAUGGCUGAACGUAUUGUAGGUCAAGGAUCAUUUGGGAUUGUCUUUCAGGCUAAAUGUUUGGAGACAGGUGAAACUGUUGCUAUAAAGAAGGUUCUUCAGGAUAAGCGCUACAAGAAUCGUGAGCUGCAAACCAUGCGCCUUCUUGACCACCCAAAUGUUGUAGCUCUGAAGCAUUGUUUCUUUUCUACAACUGAGAAGGAUGAACUAUAUCUAAACUUGGUUCUGGAGUAUGUGCCUGAGACUGUUCAUCGUGUUGUGAAGCAUUACAACAAGAUGAACCAGCGCAUGCCACUUAUCUAUGUGAAGCUGUACACGUACCAGAUAUGCAGGGCACUGGCUUACAUUCAUGGCAGCAUUGGAGUUUGCCACAGAGAUAUCAAGCCACAAAAUCUUCUGGUAAACCCACAUACCCAUCAGCUCAAACUAUGUGACUUUGGGAGCGCAAAAGUUCUGGUCAAAGGAGAACCAAACAUAUCGUACAUUUGCUCCCGAUACUAUAGGGCUCCAGAGCUCAUAUUUGGUGCCACUGAGUACACUACGGCCAUUGACAUUUGGUCUGCUGGAUGUGUUCUUGCUGAGCUUAUGUUAGGGCAGCCUCUGUUUCCUGGUGAAAGUGGAGUAGACCAGCUUGUUGAAAUCAUCAAGGUCCUUGGUACCCCUACAAGGGAAGAGAUUAAAUGCAUGAACCCAAAUUACACGGAGUUCAAAUUCCCACAGAUUAAAGCACACCCAUGGCACAAGGUAUUUCAUAAAAGGAUGCCCCCAGAAGCUGUUGAUCUUGUCUCUCGGCUCCUCCAGUACUCACCCAACCUAAGAUGCACUGCUGUGGAGGCACUUAUUCACCCCUUCUUUGAUGAGCUUCGGGACCCGAAUACCCGCCUUCCAAAUGGCCGCUUUCUACCACCUCUUUUCAACUUCAAACCUAACGAACUGAAAGGAACCCCAGUUGAUAUUGUGGCCAAAUUGAUCCCAGAGCAUGCGAGAAAGCAGUGCUCGCAUGCAGGAUUGUGAAUCGCCCGCCUCAUGACUUGAAAUUUCUAUGACAAGUGUGGUGUUUCCCCUGGGAUGUUGGUUGGGCAGCAAGCGAUUGUGAUACACUGAUGGUUGUUGAAGAUGUGAAGUUUCGUUCUUGUAUGACCACUCUGUUGACCUGUGUAGCUGAGUAGUAGUAUGUUUGGAUGUGAACUUGACAUGUAGCCGGCUCAACCCCCCUCCUAACCCACUUGAGAAAUGAGAUUGCCAUAGCUGAUCUGUAAUAUGUUCUAGAGCAGUAUGAAUGUAUUUAUGGUAGUGGAUCCAUGCGUGGAUCCUCGUUGAUUUUCCUAGUUUCUUGACUGUCAGACUGCUUUCGGCUUUUAAAUUGUGUUAUGGAAUGCUACUUGUUACCACUAUAUCACUAUAUAGUGAUGCUAUUUAGUUCA